AUGGCCCUGUUGGGUGUGACCUUGUGCGGUUUCUUCGGCCUCGCCGGCCUUACGUUUCUUCUGGAGCGAAUGCUGCUCCCAUCUGGGCCGAGGUUGCGCGUGUCACGAGUGGACGAACAGACAGGACUGACUUGGACCACGGGUCUCGGACUUGGUGAGAGUCCAGCCUACAAAACCGUCACGAUUGUCAUGGAGACACUCCCGAAAGGACGCCUAGGUGUAAAUCUCGUGCACGGGAAGCAGACGGUGUCCCGGGUUGUCAUGAAAGAAGCCUUCAACGCGGGUUGGCGUGUGGGUGACGAAGUCCUCACUGUCAAUGGGCACAAGGUGCGAUCCAAUGCCGCGGCGCAGCGAGCAGUUCGCGGGGCAGUCAAAAGGUACCUACAGCAUGGAGGCCGCGUGCAGUUUGAGGUGCGCCGCUGGGGAGUUCCGGACGGCAGCCGUGGUAUGCUGCAAUUCACCACUAAUGGUCGCAGGGAUCACUUGGUACCGAUGCUGGACAUUGCAAAGGGAAUCUUGCAGGAUUUUCACAUCGUCCUCUUCAUGGAGGGAACUUUGGCAAAGCCCAAGACGCGCUUGGCACGGAAGGUUAUCAAAGAGCUGGAUACGCGAGGCAUGGCCUUUAAGGCCUUUGAUUGCACCGACGAGAAGACGAACCCAGGCAUCCGCAACAUCACAGCACAGCUUGCAGGGGAAGAGGUGCUGCCGCAGCUCUUCAUCGAUGGCGUCCACGUGGCCGGUGGAAAGGCGAUUCUGCAAGCACUUUCGAGCUUAUCUACUACACCGACACCUGAGUCGGGCGAGGAAGAGCAGGCACCCUUCAACAUUGACGGCAUCAACCGCAGUUGCAGCCGCUGCAGUAGCUUUUUCCAGGCCUGGCACAUCCCCACCCCUUCAGACCUCCUUCUUGAGAAGGUCAGUCCCCUUUCCCCCAAGAGUGGCAUCCAACUAAAGAGUUGGGGUGGGUGGAAGGAGGGGGGACGCUUCAUGGUUUCAGACCUCUUCAUGCACGUGGUUCUGACAGGCCCUCGUCGCAUCUUGUCGCGCUUGAAGUGGGGCAGCACCCAUGUCAAUGACCCAGGGACAGUGGAGAAGGGACAUCUGAGAGUGCAGGAGAUUGAUGUUCCUGCGGUCUUCAACAGACAGAAUGGCUGCAACAGAAGUCCGAGAGAAGCUGCUGAGCAACUUGGCCUCGGUUGA